UCGGCCCGAAAACGCGCACUACCGCCGCAGCAAUUCUCCACUGGUCUCAUCCGGAACGGAAAGCGCGCUAAAGUGCGCGGCGCCACAAGUUGCAGUUGUCAGACCCGUCGUCGCGACCGUACUGCGUCAAAACAAACACCACUGCACAGCAUACACGGCGUUGUCAUCGUUGACGAACGGUUAGAUCGCGGUAUAUAUACCGUAAAUACCGUCGUGGGUGUUAGCUUGGUCGCGGUCGCACACGAUGACGUCCAGCGACGGAGGACUGCAGUCUUGUCGCCGGCAGGACAACCGCGGCGGCGGCGGCGGCGUUGGCCAAAACCUGCCGAUCAUUAUGGCCACCGGCUGUCGGAUGCCACGGUCACCGUCCAGGGACAAGGACUUGGCGUCGUGCGCCGCCUCCAGGACCGCCGCCGCACAUCAACAGCCGUACGCCACCACCGCCGUCGUCUUGAACCGCGUUACCAGCUCUUAUCCCGAAGCGUUUUUUAAAAGGAUGUCGCAGGACAUAACGAAUUCGGUGUGGUUCGAAGAAGAGAACGAUUUGAUAAAAAGCUGCGGCGCACUGCAGUCGGCGCUGGGUCUGUCCAAGAGCUUCAGCACCGGCGACAUCGCUGACGCGACAAACAUGGACACCGGGUGUUGGCUCGCGGACAACGAUGACGUCCGCAUGCCACACAGCGCUUCCGAGCUGGCCAUAAACAAGUUGCGCAUAAACUCGGACGUGCUGCUGAUGGCCACCACCAUGCAGGGCCGGUUGGGCAACACGUCGCGGUCGCUGUCCACGUGCGUGGUAGUCGGCGACAUGGCGUCCACGUCGCAGCUGCCGUCGCCGAGCAGGUACUCCAGCUCGUUGCACAACAGCUACGCGCCGUCCACGUUCAGUCCCACCGACCUCGUGAGAUCCGUCAAUAAAAAGGUGCGGCAAAAUUAUAUUCAGCGGCGUCUGUUGAUCACUUAUAAGACAUUGGAACGUUUGUCGUUGAGUGAAUUCAAUUUAGACAAGAGUGCUGGAGCCGAUCGUGUACCAGAACCACUGCAGUUGUCCGACCGUCAUGACGUGACCGCAACCACCACAGCCGCGGGUUCGAGCAAAUAUUUGAGCGUACCGAAAACCGGCGGCAAGCCGCUGUGCCCGGAUGACAUUGCCGUGUGCACCGACACCAUAAAGCGAUAUCAGCCGAAAGCGUUCACCCGAUAUGACAGAAACAUGUUCAUAGUCAAUUGGCUGGAUAACAUCGAUCCGCAAAACAACACCACGGAAGAUCAAUAAAACACACACAUACACACGCGCGCGCGAAAUAAUAUUGAUAAAUAUUAUAAUAAUGAUUGAAGGAUUUGUUGCAAAAAUCAGACAAGUUGACUUUUUGAAAUUUUUUGGUAUCAUCACAAAAACAGGCUUAUAACGUACAUAUUUUGUUUUAAAACUCCACAAUUUUAGUUUUUUGUUUUUAACAAAAAAAAUUAUCAUAUUUUAAAUAAAACAAAACAAUGUUUGACAUUAAUUAAGUUUUGAAUAGUGUGUGCACAUUGCUUGAUAUCGUAGCAAAAAAUGGAAACCAGAUAAUUCCAUAGGUAUUCACUAUAAAAAUUAUACUUACUUAUAUAUAACGGACUAAUCUAGAUGUUGCACUGACGUUAAGGAUAUUUUUUCUUUGUUUUAUUCCGUGAAUAAGUGUAUUUUCAAAAAUUUGUGUGGUUUUUGCAGCAACCCUUUCAAUUUAGUCUAAAUGUUAUAGUAAAAUACGCGCGCAACUUUAUACGUUAUGAGCAUCGAUAUAAAUACUGCUAAAAAAAAAAAAAAUAAAUAACUGCUAUGUAUAAUAUUAUAAACUAACUAUUAUUAUCUAUUUAUCAAUUAUUUAAUUAUUAUCUGAUUAUUGUUAAAUUUUCUGUGGUCAUCAUCGCGAUCUUGUAAGAAGUGAUCAUCUGCGCGAUCCAUAUAAUAUAUUAUAGGUACAAUAUUAUUAUAUUAUUAUGAUUACGAACGUGUUAUGAUCAUAUUAUUUUAGAGCGGUUAUUUCUAAAACGAUACGUUAAAUUUUGUAUUGUGCAUUUAGAAACGUGAGUGAUCUUUGUAAACAUGAUUUUUCACUUCCCGAAGUUAUUACAUAUUUUAUAAAAAUAAUAUCGAGUUUGAAUAAUUAAUUCGUAUUUAGGCUCGAGCUUUAAAUAAUUAAAUGUAUUUUUCAUCUAAACAUGGGAUAACACUAGUUAUGUGAUACAAACUUGAUAUUAUCUAAGUAAAUAUUAAAAUAUCCCCUUGGGUUUGCAUUAAAUUGAUGUCUUUAUUAUUAGUGGCGGCGUGAUUUGUUUUUCCUAUGAAGCAAUUAGGUACCUUAAUAAGUACCCACCCACUAAUUUUUUCUCACAUUUUAAAUGAUUUCUCAAUAAUAUAACGUAGAAAACCUACUGAAUAUUUACUUAGGUAUAGGUAUAUCGAUAAAUGUGACUAUGAGAGUAUAAAUUAUAAACUAAUCCAGCAGUCUAGAUCCUGGAGACUGGAGUCAUUGGGAUACACCCCCCCCCUUUUGUGCAUGAGGCGGCCACCUCAUAAAAUAUCUAUUCAUGCUGCCACCGUUUAUUAGUAAAAUUGGAAAUUUAGAAAACAUAAUAUUAUGACCAUAUUAUAUAACAUUUAAAUUCGAUGUUUAUAAAUACCUAAUCCAUGAAUAAUACAACGAAGAAGGUUAUAGGCUAACUACGUAUACUCUGUUAUUUGUUAUUCUGAUGAUAUUAUAUGCCCACGUUUCGUUAUAUUAAUAUUAAUAAGACUAUAACAGUCAGGCUAUUUUAUUAUUAUCUAUAUAUUAUCCAUGAAAAUAUCUGCGAAAAUAAUUUGUCCCGUUGAGUAUUGACUUAAAUAACUAUAUUUCGUUACCUAUUUUAUAGAUAAUAAUUUUGUUUGAUAGAUUCUUAUCUUAAUAUAUUUAUAUUUUUAUUAUUUUGUUGACUUAUAUCUUAUAAAGUGUAACUUGGUAGGUUCAAGGUAUGGUUGAAAAUCAGUAACAUUAUUAUAUAAAAAAUGACUGAUAAGUUCUAUGGACUAUGAUUGACUUAUUUACUUACAUUAAAAUGAUUAGUGAAUUUGUCGAGAAUUGAAAGUCAAUUAAAUAAACAUUUUUAUUACAAUUUUUAAUAUUAUACUAUAAUACUAAAGGCUAAUCGAUUUACACAUACUAAGAUUAAUGCUAGAAUUGGAAAAAAAAUAUAGAUACUCGAAAAUGUUUUCAUUUUAAUAAAUGCCCACCAAUCAACUUUUGUAAAAUUAGUUGAGAUACGCUCAAAUCUUUAAAUACUAAUUUAAAUAUAGUACUAUGUCUCCUCACAUUCUCUAUAUAACUAUAUCCAAUUCUAGCAUUGUACCUAUAACAGUAUUACGCUUUGAUACAUUUAGACAAAGACUUGAGAAAUUUGUUUUAAGGCAUAUAUUUUAUUACAACGUGUAUAACGAAAUAAAUAACUAAAU